CUCUGCACAGUCACUUCCUCUGAGAUGCAAAGAAUUAGAGAGACACCGAACAGUGGAAGAAAGGAGGAAGCCAUUUUGGGUCCUGGGUGACAUGUCGGCCUGGACGUCGCUGUCUUCUGUCUGGGUUCUCACUUUGGACAGACGUUGAGCUGAAGAGCGGAAGGAGCAGUGAAGCAACGAGGCCCGUCGGAGAGAGUCGAACGGCGGCCGGUUGCAGAGCCAGCGAGGGUUGGAAGUCUCCUCCAGCUGGCGGUCGGUCCGUCAGAUGCUGGUGCAGUGAAGCAGGAUGAGUUCGGACCGAGUGCCGUCCAGGUCGGAGGUGAUGGGGUGGAGCCCUCAGCAGCUGGCCGACUACCUGAGGAGGAUGAGUUUGACCGGCUGCGAUAAAGUUGUCCUGAAGAACUCCAUCAGCGGAUCCAGAUUUGUGAAUCUGAGUGAUAACGACCUCCAGAGGUUCCCCAAACUUCACACUCCGAUGAUCUCGAAGAUCAGCUGUGAGAUCAGUAAGAAGGAGGAGAAGCGAGGCCUGUUUGGGAUGAAGUCGACCAAACAUUACGAACCAGCAGAGGUUCAGGGCUGGGAUGAUGACGAGUUUGACGAUGAAGACAACGACUACGAGAGUCCGUACAGCGGAGACGAGGCGGGCAGCGGUGGAGACUACGAGUCCCCGAACGAGGACGUGGAUCCGGCCAACGACUACGAGCCUCCACCCGUCGAACCUGAAGAGGACCUGGGUGCCAAACUGCUCCCCACGAUGCAGUUACAGGACGGAGACUACAUCGACAACCAUGUGGUUCCCAGAGGCCAGCGUCCUGACGUACAUCCCCGCCCCCCUGUCCCCAUGCCGUCGGUCCGCAUGACCGGAGACUCACCUUCUAGAAGAGACGCCUCCCCUCGACCGACGGGAAAAUUUCCUCCUGGGCCGCCUCCGAUCGUUCGCGACAACAAACCGGGCAUGAAACCUAAACCCGGCAGAGACUCAGGAUCCAACCCGUCCCCCAUCGGAGGACCUCAUCGCGACACUUUGGGCCUGCCAAGCUCACAAUCCCGGAGGACUCACCCUGAUGUCUCAGAACCUGUCAAAUGGUCCAAAACUCCGCCUCCACCUCUGGCAUCCAACCCCACCAGGCCUUCGACCAACAGGUUUGAUGGAAGGCGAGAGCAAACACACGAUGAAGCUCAGAAACACAACACCUUCCCCCUUCACAAUAAAAGCUAUCCCCCCCGCCCUGGACCCCCUGUCUCACGUCCUGGAGACAGAAUGAAUCACGGUGUUCCCUCUGCAGGCUCUCUGCCACACAAACUGUCUUCCGCAGACCGAUCGUCAUUUCGUCCUCCUCCACCCACAGCAGCAAAGGUAACACAGCAACACACACAGGAGCUGGACCCUCGCUGGUAUGUGGGUAAAGUGACCCGAGGCCAGGCUGAAAAAUGUCUGAUACGAGUCCGCAAGGACGGGGCGUACCUGGUGAGGGACAGCACCCGGCAGCAGGACAACCAGCCCUUCACCCUGAUGGUCUUCUACCAGGGCAAAGUCUACAACAUCCAGAUCAGGCAGCAGAACCAGCAGUUCCAGCUGGGAACUGGACUCAAAGCCCAGGAGUCUUUCCCUUCAGUCGGCGACAUCAUCAACCAUUACUCCCAGUCUCCUCUGCUCCUCAUCGAUGCCAAAAACCGGACCUCCGGCCAACAGAACCAGUGUCAGCUGUGCGACCCGGCCGGAUACUACAUGACGGGACAGAACUGGUCCUAACCGGAUCACUAAACAGGUGAACUUUGGAUGAAUGUUCCCGUUGACAGCUGAGUUACUCGUCUUCCUGCUAACCGGACGCUGUUUUUGUGUGACGGUGAGUGAAUAACAUCAGAUUUUUAAAAAUGUUUUUUUUUGCACGUUGCUUCAUUCACUUGUUUCUGAUUGUUUGUUGGAGUUUAAAGGGACAAUUUCAGACAUAUAUCCUUUUCCUCUCAGAAAUGUUUUUGGAGCUUUUACAUGUAAUUUUUGCCAAAGAUUCACGAUGAAUGCUGUAUUUCAACAGUAUGCAACACAUUCAAACUGUCUAAAGCUGUCCUGUGGAUGUCCUCAGCUGAGCUUUGUUAAAUCUCUGUUUCAUGAUUGUAUUCACCUUCCAACCCUUUUAUCUUAAUUCAUUGUAAAUGUGUUGGGUUGAAGCAGUUUGUCACUCAGCUGUCCAAAUUAAAACAUUGUGAAACUUCAA